AUGCCAGUGAAGCGCCUCGCGAGGCAUACGAUAGGCAUCAUCCUGCUUCUCGCAACUGUAAUUCUCUGGACUGCCUCAAAUUUCCUCGCGAGCACCAUCUUUGCGGACGAUUCGUAUUCGAAACCCUAUUUCGUGACCUAUGUGAAUUCAUCCUUCUUUACCUGCUUCCUUGUCUGGGUGUUUCUGAAGCGGCUAUGGUCCGGCAAGGGGUUGGUGCGCGAAGCGAUCAAAGGCACCGAGCAGAGUGCGGCUUACACCCCAGUUGGUGAUGAAGAUGAGCAUCUGAUACAGUCGAAACCAGCAAGUAACCCGGAGACGAAUGGUUAUACCCCACAAGACAGCUUACUGGUUGAUGAUUCUAUGACAAGCUUAGGGUCUUCCAGGUCCUCUACAUCAGAUCGUUUGUCCAUACGUGAGACAGCUUGGCUCAGUCUCGAGUUCUGCAUACUUUGGUUUCUUGCAAACUACUUCGUCGCCGCAUGCCUCGAAUACACAACAGUCGCUAGCUCCACCGUCUUAGCAUCUACUAGCGGUAUAUGGACUCUGAUUUUUGGCGCCAUGCUGAGAGUAGAGAAAUUUACCUUAAAGAAGCUUGUCGGUACUCUAGCGUCUCUGGCGGGUAUCAUCCUCAUUUCGAGCGUGGAUCUGACAGGUGAAACCGAUGAAAACAGGGGCGACUUCCCCCAUAAGUCACGCAAAGAGCUGGCAAUUGGCGAUGCCCUUGCCUUUGGUAGCGCCAUCCUGUACGGUAUCUACACGACCUUUAUGAAGAAGAAGAUAGGAGACGAAGGACGCGUUGACAUGCCGCUAUUCUUUGGCUUUGUUGGCCUCUUCAACCUCGUCACACUACUUCCUGGCUUCUUCCUCGUGCAUUUCACGGGAAUCGAGACCUUUGAGCUACCGCCCACAAGGCGAAUCACUACGAUCGUCAUGGUCAAUUCUGCUACUUCUCUUGUGGGCGAUUUUUGCUGGGCAUACUCGACUCUCUUAACUUCGCCGUUAGUCGUGACUGUAGGUUUGAGCUUGUCAAUACCACUCUCUUUGCUCGGCCAAAUGAUUGUCAACGGUCAAACCUCAAGCGCCUUGUACUGGAUUGGGGCUGUUAUUGUGCUCUUGUCCUUUGUAUUCAUCAACUACGAGAGCAAGGACAAAUCUCAUGAGGAUACCUCCGAGCGGAAUCCGCGGACGGGGCCAUGGGCAUUUGCGUGGAGAAUUUGGGAUAGGAUGAAUCCUUGGCGGCAGUGA